AUGAACUUCUCUGGUGCUGCUUUGGUAAAGAGAGUGAAUGCAACUGCGUACUGCCACAGGGAGACAGAGUUCAACACUUCCUCAAAUUCGGAUGAUGCUUCUUUGUACUAUUUGCUGGAGGAAUGGUCUCUCUACCUAUCAGGCACAAACGUGAAGAUGUUUUUAAUCCCUCCAGUUGUCUGCCUCAUGGCAGGUAUCCUCAUCAUUCCUACCAUCUUGUCUGUGAUCUUCUGUAGGUUUAGCAUCCGCCGGGAAACAAGGUACAUGCUGCUGGGAAAUGCUCUGCUUUUCGAUCUGAUCUACCUGUUGUUCUACACCCUGUCAUCUGCUGUCAAUGCAGCACAUGUACACCUCCCCAAGGAAGCUUGUGUCCUCUUAAUGUUUUUGCUAGCAGUGGCUUACUGUGGAGGACUGUUCACAGCUGCAGCAAUAGUCUUGGACACAUACAUAGCUGUUAUGUUUCCCUUGCGCUACAUUGCUAUUUUGCCUCCUUCACGAACUAAAAAAGUUAUUGUAUUACUCUGGGUGUGUGCUGGGGCUUUCCCUGGGAUUUUCUUCUUGGUGCUAUCGAGCACUCACAGCUUUGUGCCCUGUGCCCUGGAAAUGUGCUCGGUUCCAGUAAUACUAAUACUAACUCCGAAUGGGACUGAUGCUGUGAAACUCUGUUUUUGGCUUUCUACCAUUGUUAUCUUUCUCUGCCUGGCUCUAGUAUUUUGCUGCUAUGCUAUUAUGUAUUUUAAAACCAAACAAUCAGGUAUAUGGGAGAGCAUCUGCUCCAGAGCCAGUGUAACAUUCUUAAUGCACAACACUGUGUUAUUUUUUUACUUCUUCCCACUCAUGGUCCUUUUUGUAGAAUCAUUCUUGUGUGUUAAUGUUGUCGUCAAACUGAAGGUAGGAAUCUGGGUCUCCCUGACAGUCUGCAAUGUCCUGAUGAUUCUGCCUAAAAUUUUGUUCCCUUUUCUAUAUGGGCUUCGAUACAGAGAAAUCGCAGCAUCUCUCAAAUCCAUUGUGUCGUGCUUGUUAGGCUUCUUUGUUUGCCAGAACCUCAUGGGUGUAGUGAUUAGCAAUCUUAUAAGGAUGCCUGUCUCCACAAAAGCUCUGGAAAUUCAAACUGAGACUGUUUACCAGAGCCCAGCUAUCGAUCUCUCCAAGUCACAUAAGUGA